AUGAAGCCCCCCGUGGGCUUCAGCAGCAGGAGAAGACUAUUCCCACGGCUGUUGCUUCGCCGCCUGACGUCUUCCCCACCGCCGCCGUCGGCGGCGACGGCGGAGUUCGCCGAGCUCUGCCGCCGGCACGAGCUCCCGGCGGCCAUGGCCGCCAUGGAAUCCCUCCACCGACGCGGCCUCCGCGGGGACCCCGUCGCCUACUCAGAGCUGAUCAAGUGCUGCCUCAAGAACAACGCGGCGGAGGACGGGCGGCGCGUCCACCGCCACCUCGCCGGCGGCGGCGGCUCCCUGCUCAGCAUGUUCCUCUGCAACGUCCUCCUCAACAUGUACGCGAAGCUUGGGCUUGCAGAAGAGGCCCGGAAGCUGUUUGACCAAAUGCCGGAGAGAAAUGUCGUCUCCUGGACCACCAUGAUCUCGACCUGCGGGGAAGAAGAAGCACUGAAUCUCCUGGUUCAGAUGAUCAGAGACGGCGUGAGGCCCAACAUGUACACUUACUCCUCCGUCCUCCGCUCCUGCAGCGAUUUGCAGACGUUGCGGGGGAUCCACUGCCCGGUGGUGAAGGCCGGCUUGGAAUCGGACGUCUUCGUCAGGAGCUCCCUCAUCGACAGCUAUGCCAAGUGCGGCGAUCUUCCAAGCGGGCGCUCCGUCUUUGAUGAGAUGAGUACGCAAGAUCUGGUUGUGUGGAAUUCCUUGAUCGGCGCCUUUGCGCAGGCCGGCGGCACCUCUGAGUCGGUGGCGGUGUUUGUGGAGAUGAGGAGAGCCGGGUUCCGCUCAAGCGAGGCAGCCCUCACCAGCCUCCUCAGGGCCUGCGCCGGCACGGCGAUGCUGGAGAUGGGGCGGCAGGUGCAUGCGCAGGCGGUGAAAUCUGAUGCCGAUCUGAUCCUCCACAACGCACUGCUGGACAUGUACUGCAAGUGCGGUGAAUUGGCGGAGGCGGCUGCCGCCUUCUGGCGGAUGUGCCGCCGGGAUGUGAUCUCCUGGAGCACGAUGAUCGCCGGGCUGGCACAGAAUGGGCGCAGCAUGGCGGCGCUGGAGCUUUUUGAGGCGAUGAAGAAGGCAGGGCCGCCGCCAAACCAUAUAACUCUGGUGGGGGUUCUCUUUGCCUGCAGCCAUGCCGGGUUGGUGGAGGAGGGCCAGAAACUCUUCUGGUCGAUGGAGCAGCUCUUCGGGAUCAAGCCCGAGAGGGAGCACCAUGGCUGCAUGGUGGAUCUCCUUGGGAGGGCCGGAAAGCUUGAGGAAGCCCUGAGGUUUAUCAUGAAGAUGGACUGUGAACCGGACACCAUCAUCUGGAAAUCCCUCCUUGGAGCUUGCAGGGUUCACAGGGACGUGGGCAUGGCGACACAGGUGGCCAAGCAGAUUCUUCUGCUGGACCCAGACGAUGAAGGAGCUUACAUCCUCUUGUCCAAUGUGUACGCAGGCUGCAACCAGUGGGGAGAUGCAGAGGAAGUGAGGAGAGCCAUGAGAGACAGGAGGGUGAAGAAGGAACCUGGUUGCAGCUGGAUCGAAGUGGGGAAGGAGGCUCACUUAUUUGUUGCAGGAGACAAGUCCCACCCACAGGCGGAAGCCAUUGGCAAGGAGCUCGACCGGUUGAUCUGCAGAAUUGCUGAUGCUGGGUACCUUCCUGAUACCAUCUUCGUGCUGCAUGAUCUUGAGAGAGAGCAGAAGGAAGAGGUGCUGAGGUAUCAUAGUGAGAAGCUGGCGAUCGUCUUUGGGCUGAUGAAUUCCAUAGAGGGGAAGCCCAUUCGAGUGAUGAAGAACCUCAGGAUCUGUGGCGACUGCCAUAACUUUGCCAAGAUCGUGUCCAAGGCCGAGAAUCGGAGGAUCAUAAUAAGAGAUCCAGUGAGGUUCCACCAUUUCGUUGAUGGAGAGUGCUCUUGUGGAGAUUACUGGUGA